CAGAGUUUUUGGCUUUCUGGUUUGACAUUGUUGUUUAGUGUUUACUACAUCUACAUCCUACCGACAUUUCCUUGUUUCUUUGCUUUCAGUUUCUUUAUUAGUUUUACAUGUAACGCUCGUACUGCUUGCAAUAUCAGGAUUUGGAUUGUUAUUUCUUACAGUGUUACAAAUUGAGCAAAAGGUUGUUUCUGUCUUGAAGAGAUGAAGCUUUUCACAGAAACUUGCACCUUAUGGCUCUCAAGCAUUUUACUGCUUUCAGGGAUGAAUAUCAGUGCUUUCUCCUACGAUUACUCCUCAACAACAAAGUGCUUGGUAGAGCCCCAGAGAGCUCAAUAUGGAGGAGGGAUGAUAGUCAAUCCAGAAUUUAAUCAUAGCUUAGAGGGAUGGACCGUCUUCGGACAAGGAGAAAUUGAAGAACGAAUUUCAAGGGCAGGCAACAGCUUCAUUGUUGUACACAGUAGAACACGCCCACUAGACAGUUUAUCUCAGAAGGUUCUACUUGAGAAAGGAAAGCUCUAUAGUUUUUCAGCUUGGAUUCAAAUCAGUGAAGGAAGAGAGACAGUUUCUGUCCUCUUUAAAACAACUGAUGAACUGGUUCGAGGUGGUAAGGUGAUUGCUGAGCAUGGAUGUUGGUCUCUGCUAAAAGGUGGCAUAAUUGCAAAUUUCUCAACCCAUGUAGAGAUCCUUUUCGAGAGCAAGAACACAAAAGUGGAUAUAUGGGUGGAUAAUGUAUCAUUACAGCCAUUCACUAAGGAGCAAUGGAAAUCCCACCAAGACAUAAGCAUCAGCAAGGUACGUAAGAGCAAGGUGAGGUUCAAGGUAACUCAUGCAAAUAAAACUGCAAUGCAAGGUGCUAUAGUCUCUAUCAAGCAAUUGAAAUCAAACUUUCCUUUUGGGUGUGGUAUGAACUACCGUAUUCUUGAAAGCACUGAUUAUCAAAACUGGUUUGCAUCGAGAUUCAAAUUUACCACUUUCACCAAUGAGAUGAAGUGGUAUAGCACUGAGAAAAUACAAGGCCAAGAGAACUAUACUGUCCCAGAUGCAAUGGUAAAAUUUUCUAAACAAAAUGGCAUUUCCAUCAGAGGUCACAACAUAUUGUGGGACAAUCCCAAUCAUCAGCCUAAUUGGGUCAAAUCCCUUUCUUCUGAUGAUUUAUGGAAAGCUGUAGAAAAAAGAAUCAAUUCAGUGGUAUCAAGAUACAGAGGGCAGCUAAUUGCUUGGGAUGUAGUUAAUGAGAAUCUUCAUUUUAGAUUUUUUGAGGAUAAGCUUGGUGAAAAUGCUUCUGCAGUAUUCUAUUCCAAGGCUUACCAACUUGACCCUAACACAAAUAUGUUCAUGAACGAGUAUGGUACCAUAAAUGGUGGGGAUGAGAAAGCAAGCCCAGCCAACUACAAGAAAAAACUAAAAGAGAUUCUGCAAUAUCCAGGGAAUGAGAAGAUAUUACUAGCUAUUGGCCUGCAAGGAAAUUUUGGUUCAGGCCAGCCAAACCUAGCUUACAUGAGAUCUACUUUGGACAUUCUAGGUGCCACAGGACUGCCCAUAUGGCUUACCGAAGUGAGUGUUGGUGUUGCCAAAGACAAUGAUCAGGCCCAGCACUUGGAGGAUAUAUUAAGAGAGGGUUAUUCUCAUCCUGCUGUCAAAGGGAUUGUCAUGUUUGCAGGCCCAAUAGCAGCGAAUUUCAAGGAAAUGCCCCUUGCAGAUAUAAACUUCAACAACACUCCAGCUGGAGAUGUUGUGGAUAAGCUGCUUCAUGAGUGGAAACAUUCUCAAGCUCUGGAAUUCACAGCAGAUGACAAAGGAUUUGUAGAUGUUUUACUAUUUCAUGGAGACUACAAUGUAACUGUACAACACACAGAGGCCAACUCUUCCACCACUCUAGGUUUUAGGGUGACUAAAGAUACUCCACAAGCAACCAUCAACGUUCGAAUACAUACCUGAAUUAUAACUAUUUUUAUCUUUUGCGAGGUUUAGAGGAGGUGAUUGGUAGGUAGGUAGUCUACCCCUAUUUGUCUCUCUAAUAGAAGAAAUAAACAAUAAAAUUUCUUUUAAGUAUACAGAAAAUGUUUCUAA